AUGCGUUCCAUCUCAUUAUUUUUCACAUUUUACGUCAUUUCUCGCUGUUCUGGAAUCCAUCAAGGUCGUAAUGCCAGUGCAAACCAAUUUCCCUUCAUCGUGUCGUUGCGCAACCAGAAUAACGACCAUCUGGAUGCCGGGAGCAUCAUUUCGCAUCGCUUCGUCCUCAGCACGGCAUGGACUCUAAAGUUCAAUCCGAUCCGCGUGAUUGCCGGUUCCGUCAUUUUGCUUACGGGCGGCAUUUCGUACCGCAUCGUUUCGUCGCACAUCCAUCCGUUAUACGAUGAGAUCACCUUUCGGCACAACAUUGGCUUGGUAAAGACGCAAAAUUUCAUUUAUUUCACGGAUGCGGUGCGUGCGAUCAACGUUGGAACGCUGGAAAUGCGAAUGGCGAAUGUCCCCGUGGUGGCGGCGGGAUGGGGCGACAGCAAGGAAGCCGUGAAAAGUCGCACGAAUUUGCUGAAAUGGGCGAAUUUCGUCACAAUUGAUGCCGAAAAGUGCUUUGAUGGCAUGAAAAAAGCGAGUUUGAGUCAAUUUUAUCACGCGAAUCUCGUGUGUGCCGUCGGUUAUGCGGAAAUGGGACAACAAUGGUGCUCCUAUGACUUCGGGGGACCACUAAUUGCGGGAAAUACCUUAAUUGGAGUGCUUUUCCGGCCCGGCAUGCAAACGUGCACGCAACAAGAUGCAUUUCCGAAUGUCGCUCUUCGUGUCGAGCCUUACCUCUAUUGGAUCCACGAAACAAUGGUCGACCAUGAAAGUCCUUGA